AUGAAUCUCUCAUCCCCAUCAAGCAUCUAUGCGGUUAUCUUCUACAGCCUCCAGAUCAUAUUCGGUAUUCCCGGCAAUGUAUUGAUCGUACUGGUGUACAUACGGAAGAAACGAAAAGUCAGUACGGAUAUCCUGAUCAUUGCCCAGGGCAUCAUAGACCUCGUGGCAUCCCUGCUCGCAUCCGUCAACAUCCUAAAAUCCAUCUCCGAUCGCUUCACCAUCAAAGCCAUCUGCCGCAUCACUCUCUUCGGCAACAACUCGCUCGCCUUCUCGUCUUUGUUCCUAACCGCCGCGAUUGCGCUUGACCGCUUCUUUUUCGUAUGUCGCCCGUAUGGAAAGAGAACGUCGAACAAUCGAGCGUUGUGUCUGGCGGUAGCCUGCUGGGUUUUAGGAAGCUCUCUCACCUGUACAAAACUCAUCUAUGUUGAAGCGGUUCCAUCAAUCAGUGGACAAAAGACCUGUCUUGUCAUAGAUACACUCCAGAUCUUUGACAAGCUUGAAGCGUGGUUAAAGACUUCUGGAUUCGUACUUGCGUUGGUCGUGAGUAGCGUUAUGUAUGGAAAAAUAUACCAUACCAUUAGACACCAGGCAAAGAUCCAUGCUCAGCUGGUAGGAGGUGUAUCGAAGAAGGUUACUACGCCCAAAAUAGCUUUCAGAACACAGGAAGAACUGAUACAAACAGAGACAGAUGCGUGUCAUAGCACUCUCGAGCAAUCAAUGGUAGCAUCGGGCGAACCGUCCGAUAAGCAAGAAGCCAUUACAAUGGAAAGGUGUCCACAGUCCUCAAAGACAUCGUUUUUGCAGGUGAAUGGAAGAGCUAAAGAACGGGAUCCGAUGACACCCAAUUCGCUUUCAAGCGCGUUUGACGGUCAAGCUACAUCGCAGGUUACCUUCACAAAUUCACACUCAAAUUCUAUUCCCGUCAACUCCCGGCAGAACUCACAUCUGAAGUUGUCUGACCGCGGUGAGAACAGAACGACGAAAAUGCUCAUGGCGGUAACUGCUAUACUUUUGGCAUCGUGGCUACCACCGAUUGUCUUCUUCCAUCUCAGAGACAGCACACUGGAUAUCAUAGAACGCUCCGUCACUGCUGGAACCCUCGUUUUCAUCGGUAUGGGACUUCCAGGAAUCAAUCAUAUUAUCAAUUAUUUUGUUUAUACUUUCAUGAAUAAGCGCUUUCGUGUCGAUUGCAAGUGCUUGCUCAAAACAAUCACUCAUAGGUUCUACUAA